AUGAACAUCGCUUUGAACUCAGUGAUUUUACUGAACAAAAUGGCAGGAAUCGCAUCCACUAGUGAGGCUGCUCACAACGCAGAAAAAACCAACGAGACGACGACGAUGAGAAGUCGUAGCUCCUCAAUUCGUUCCUCAUACAGUGAUCGAAGUCGAGAAAGCACUCCACAAGAAUACAGCCCGACCCAGGCGGCGAAAAAAGCUGUCUUCAACAUGCUUUAUCAGUAUCAAGCUAUUCCUGUACGAGCCAAGAUCCUGGCCGAUUGUAUACUGUCGACACUUAACGAGAGUGAAGUGACAAAUUUGUUGGAAAGUGCUGGAUGGAAACUACUGUUAUUAUUAUUAUUAUUAUUAUUAUUAUUAUUAUUAUUAUUAUUAUUAUUAUUAUUAUUAUUAUUAUUAUUAUUAUUAUUAUUACAUAUUAUUUAUAAUAUUUCAUACAAGAAUUUGUUGCAUGAAUCGGUGCUUCGCGGUGUUUACGGUACGGUCUACACCCCCGCUGCGCUGAUCCAGAACCGUGACGGCUCAUUGAUUACGUCGUGGACGACACCGGACGAAUUUUUGACGAUGGAGAGGUUGGGACAGUUCCCCCUAUGCGUACCACUUCUACAAGGUCUUCGGCCACCACUACCACCAUGGCUUCCGCUUCCGUUCCCACCUAUGCCACCUACACUUCAACAUAUGCUCCCGGCUCCAGCAAACGUUGCUCCUCAACCCUCCUCAACCGAUUCGGUAUCGGUAACCACUGGAGCCGAGGAGGACAUCUCCGUUCAAUCCGAUGCUGCGGAGGAAGCAGUGAACUCCUCUGUCGAAUUGACCUCACCUACUCCUCCAGCACAAGGAAUCGCAAACAAUGAUCCAAUCUCGAGGCCAGACUCAGCAGAUUCGAGUGUGCUCAGCGAGUCACCGCUAAGCAGUAAUAAGCUGAAAAAACGGGUGCUUUGCGAACGUUGCAAUAAGUCAUUUUGUGACAAAGGAGCGUUAAAAAUCCAUACCAGUGCAGUUCAUUUGAAAGAAAUGCAUAUGUGUACAAUUCCUGGAUGUGGCAAGGAGUUCAGCAGUAGAAGGAGCAGGAAUCGCCAUUCAGCCAAUACCAAUCCGAAGUUACAUAUGCCGGAGGCAGCGCAAACAUUUCGCGAUCAUGUCGGCAUCAACGCCGCCGCUCUCACGAUGGCUGCUGCGACCGCUUGUCUACCUUCGUCGACCGUAAACCUCCCUACACCAAUACAGCUUCCAGCAACCGCAGUGGAGAGCACUUCAGCCUCAAACAACGACGGCAAGGAGACCGACAAGGCGGAGUCGUCCUUGUCUGUUCUCGGAAAGCGAAAAGCUGAGGACUCAACUCACAACGCAGCGAGCAGUCCGCUUGAUUUAUCGUGGAGAAAUACUUUUGCGAAUCCUGCAGCGAUGAAGUUACCGUUCCCUUUUCCAUCAUCCGAUCUUCAGCUGUUCCUCCUCCAACAACUUGUACAAGCUCAGGCCCAUUCUACGCUCAGUCUCCUAAAUAAUCGUGCAUAA